CGGACCCAGAACGCCACCAGCUCGAGGAAGACAGGCAAAUUUCAAGUUGGCUGCGGCUUGGGCUCCGCGUGGGGGAGGGGCAGCAGGUAUUUAUUGAGCAUCUACUGUAUGCCAGACACAUGCUAGACAAUGGGGAUCAGAGCGAAUCUUCUACUCUAGGCCUGCGUGCUCCGUCUGAUCAACUGCACUUAGUAAAUUGUCAUCCAGCUUCUACCGAAACGUCGUUAGAAUGCUACUGCGAGGCCAGCUCUUCCUCUUCUCCAGUGGAAGAAGGGACCGUCCUUGUUUUUGGUGUCUUUGGCAGUUUUAAAGGCUACUGCUCAGGUUUUUCUCUCUGGAUCUCUGAAUACCCAGGCCCCCUCCACCAUGGCCAGCCGGGGUGGGGGCCGGGGUCGGGGCCGGGGCCAGUUGACCUUCAACAUGGAGGCCGUGGGCAUUGGGAAGGGGGAUGCUCUGCCCCCGCCCACCCUGCAGCCUUCUCCACUCUUCCCCCCCUUGGAGUUCCACCCAGUGCCUCUGCCCUCAGGAGAGGAGGGGGAAUAUGUCCUGGCGUUGAAGCAGGAGCUACGAGGGGCCAUGAGGCAGCUCCCCUACUUCAUCAGGCCAGCUGUCCCCAAGAGAGAUGUGGAGCGUUAUUCAGACAAAUAUCAGAUGUCAGGGCCUAUUGACAAUGCCAUCGACUGGAACCCCGACUGGCGACGUCUACCCCGGGAGCUAAAGAUCCGAGUGCGGAAACUGCAGAAGGAGCGGACCACUAUUCUACUCCCCAAGAAGCCCCCUAAGACCACCGAAGAUAAGGAGGAAACUAUACAGAAACUAGAGACCCUGGAGAAGAAGGAGGAAGAAGUAACUUCAGAGGAAGAUGAGGAGAAAGAAGAAGAAGAAGAGAAGGAAGAAGAGGAAGAAGAAGAGUAUGACGAGGAAGAACACGAAGAGGAAACUGAUUAUAUCAUGUCCUAUUUCGACAAUGGAGAGGACUUUGGGGGUGACAGUGAUGAUAAUAUGGAUGAGGCUAUCUACUGAAGAAGGACCCCAAACACCACCCUGGAGCUUUCUCUCUCGAUACAGGAUACAGAGAGUAACUGUCCCUAUUAUUUGGUUUUUGUGGACAAGAAAAUCAUCUGCUCAGAGUCCAGAUGACUCGUUUGGUCUCUGGAGAUACAAAUGGAGAAUGAUGACAGACAGACUCUCUUUUCUACCCUUCCCCUCCCUCCACCCUUGAAUCACCUCUGAUAUCUUGGGAAAAGGGCAGAGGACCCAUGUCUUAAUGGUAUGAAAGGUCGAAAGAAGAAAGAACGUCAAAAGAGGAACUGGAAUUGUAAGAGCUGAGACAACCCCUCCCUGUUUUUUAUUGUUCUUUAUGGGGAUCAUCAUGGGUGGGAGCUGUUAGGAGGAAGGAAGCCAGUUUUAUAUUUUUAAAUAAAAUGUUUUUAUCUGUC